AUGUUGAAUGCCUCUUCGGCUAACCCUUCGUAUGUGACGACCUUCGCAGGAGUGCGAAAUAAGGAUCACACGGAUCUGGCCGCGGUUGUGAUCAUCACUUCGGUUUUGAUUGAAACGGUUCACACAUCGGAGACCAUCACUGAAGGUGUGACGAUUGCUCGCAGUCUAACGACUGUGACAACAGAACCACCUCCUCCCCAGACUCCUCAUCCAGAGAUAGUUCCCCAGCAAAACUCUCUGACGUCGACGACGACGAAGGUCGAGACCACGCAGAUGACUGUUGAAUCACUGACCAGUCAGUCAUCGACAUUCUCUGAAAGUUUGACAAUCUCGACCACCUCGACUACAUCAAGUUCAUCAUCGCUACAGGUUCAUGAGCCUUUCCACACGUCUGAAGUCGAAGUCUCCUCUUCGAAUACAGAUAUUCACACGAGCGUUGGCCGCUCGACUUUGGACAGCUCUUCGAGUUUAGAAACAUCAUCAUCUACCUGGCCAAGUGCUUCCAUUAUGUCAACAAGCUCUACCUUCCAAAAAAUGACGCCGGUUGUAACCUUCUCAUCUCAUUCGCCAACAGCUUCCCCUUCUACGACCCUGGGAAGCGCCUUCGCAGAGUCAAGCACCUCCACCAAUGAGUCGACAGGAGACAAAACCAAUCAUCAAAAAGUAGGCGCAAUUGUUGGUGGAACCCUUGGAGCCGCAGCAUUCAUCGCACUUGGUAUCCUAGCUCUUUACUUCUUUCGUCGCAGGCGAUGGGCAAGCCCACACAAACGCCAAAACAGCAGACAAGGAUUGCUCCCAGAUCGAGACUCCCCAAGCUCGUUCAUCAGUCACACCCGCAAAAUUUCUCAGCCAUAUUUUUCCGACAAAGAUGGCGCUGCUUGUAUUCCAUCGGCUCCUGUUUUUCCUCCCCAACGAAAUUACUCACUUCCGAAUCACUCUGAUCCAGCCUUUGGGGCCGCAACCCAAAAUCCGUACUUGGAAAAGGUCUAUCUCCCGGGCGAAAGCAAGUAUAGCUACACGGAAGAUGCAAACGAAGACCUCGAGCGCAGCCCUGUUUCACCAAUCAUCGAGAUCUACCCCCCGUCUCGCUCGGUAUCAAAUUACUCCCAGGAGUCAAGCGGUCCGGGCUUCUUGGAUUACCUUAACGAAUCAUUUCCUAGCUCUCGUCAUGCGAGCUCCUACCGAGCUGGUGAGAGUAGCUUGACUCUCCCUGAUACGUGUAGCCAGGUUUCGAAAUGUCUUGACACACCCAAGGCACGUGAUAGCAUUCGCAGUGACCCGUUUGACCUCGAACCACCUGCCAAUGUCUUGCGCAAGGGGCCGCCUCUACCUUCUCAGUCUCACUGGAGAUUUGGGCUCUAA